CAAUCUCCAUCAAUCACCAAGGUAUGCAUUCAAUUCUUCUUUGUUUUCAAGUGUCACCGUUUAAGCAUUCCAAAUAGGGUUGUGAACGUUCAGUUGUGUUUGUGAACGUUUGAUACAAUGUUCAUGAACGUGUACGUUCAUUUAUGUUUUUUUUUUUGUUUAUGUUGUUCAUAAAAUAUUUUUGUACAUUUAUUUAUUAUAUCAAAACAUCUUAUGUUCUUUAAUUUAUUACCCUCCAUUAUCCAUUUCUAGCAUCCGCAACCUUCGCAGAUUUUAUUUGUGUUCGUUAACCGUUCGUGAGCACGUUAUUUUUUAGUGAACGAAUACGAACAAAAAAUCUUGUUCAGUAAGUAUUCAUCAACCAUUCAUGAACACAUUAUUUCCUUAAUGAACGAACAUGAACAAGGCCUUAUUCGUGUUUGUUCGGUUCGUUUAUAACUCUAUAUCCCAAUGUACCACGUUUUUUUUUGUUAAGGUGUAUUGUAUUUUGUAGUUAAUUAACAUCAUCAUAUAUCUGAAAGUGUGAGAAAGAAGAAGAAUUAUAAUGGAGUUUAUAGAUGUACAAGCAGAAGAGAUCAUCCAACACGAACAUCCACUGAUUCUCGAAGAUUUGCAAUCAAUGUAUCAAAACUAUCAAGAAGAUGAUGACGAUGUUGACGACCAUGAUUUGAUCACGAUGCAAAACUUUGAGUGCAAAUGUGAUGUUUGUGGAUAUCGAAUUGAUUGGUACCACCGAUAUUACUACAGGUGUAGCCAAUCAUCAUCAUGUUCCUACUCGCUCCACAAAUCCUGCCGAGAAUUGUCCACAACCCUUCGAUUUCCAGCACACCCAAUCCAUACUCUUCGCCUUAAAAAAAGUUCAAAUUCUUGGAGUUGUCAUAGUUGUCUUACAGAACAUGUAGAUGGUAUCUUUUAUCAUUGUUCUACCUGUGAUUACGAAAUCGAUCUACGUUGUGCAACAUUUGCGGAGCAAACUUUGAUUCAUCAUCCUGGGCACCCACACCCACUUACCUCUAUUACCCUUGACCCCAGUUUGAGCAAGUGUUAUGCUUGUGGAAAAAAACAUGAAGGGGUCUUCUAUCACUGUAGCACUUGUUUUUACUUCUCAAUCCAUACUGACUGUGUUACCCUUCCGUUCAAGUUAAGUUCAAAGCAUCAUGUUCACAUGCUCACUCUUUCAUAUUCUUUUACGGUUAUACCAUAUCAUAGCAAGUGCAGGAUUUGUGUAACGAGCAUUAGUGAAAGAGAUUGGCUAUACAAAUGUGGUAAAUGUCGGUACUACGUCCACCUAGAUUGCGUGUUAUCGAGGGGAGAGCCCUUCAUGUCCAUCUUCUCACAUGGAAUAGGCAAAUCUGAUACAAAGUUUAAAGCUGCUGAUUAUCCUAACCUUCUUCACUACCCACUCUCUGAUGAAUCCAACAACAUCUUACCGUACCACCUUCGUAGUGGGGAUUAUCGACACUUUGACCAAAUCAAAUCUGAUAACAUGCAUCCCAGUCAUGAUCACCCAUUACUCCUUAUCAAUGUGCCCGAUACUCUUCACGACCCAAUGAGGAGGAUUAAGUUACUAUGUGACGGAUGUGUGAGACCGAUUACAACAAUGCCGUUUUAUGGGUGCAAUCAAGGAUGCAACUUUUCUCUCCACGAGUGGUGCACCAGACUACCAAGUGAGCUAGAAAACCAUCCGGGCCAUACGCUUGCACUCUUUAAUUCUCCAAGUGAGUUGGCUUAUACAGGGUUUAGCUGCAGUAUUUGUGGUUUACUUUGCAAUGGAUUUGGAUACUUUUGUUCCAGACCGCAUUGCAUGUAUCGAGUUGAUGUGCAUUGUGGAUUUAUACCUGAAAGAAUUAUGCAUGAAGCGCAUCCGAAUCACUUACUUUCAAGAGUAAAAGCAUCAUCAAUCCAAUCCACAAGCAGUACACUGGCAUGUCAUGCUUGUGGUAUUACCAUCAAUGGAGGUGAGUUUUGUUUUAGAUGCGGUUUUUGUGAUUUCUACCUGGAUAACAGGUGCGCUUUGCAUUUGCCCAAGACAAUUAAGAACAGGUAUGACAAGCACCCCCUAAAGCUAAGUUACUCCCCAAUUGAGAACCACAAGAGUGAAUACUUUUGUGAAGUUUGUGAAGAAGAGCUUAUUCCUGAAAACUGGUUCUAUCACUGUCAAGAGUGUAGCCAGUCAAUACAUUCAGCUUGUGCUCCGUUAAUACUCCAGUCCGAACAAGGUUUUAAUGAUUCUCGCAACGACCGGACAGGUGUUUAUAAAUUGAUUAAUAUGAAGUUUGGGCAUUUAGUUACCUUCGACAGUCACCCGCAUCCUAUGUUAUUAGUUAUGGGGACUAAAAGUGAUAUUGGUCUAUGCGAAGUUUGUGUUGGUGAGCGGCAAUCCUUAUUAAUCUUCCAGUGCUCUAUAUGUAAACUUGUUUUUCACGUCAGUUGUGGCCCGAAAAACCCGCAUGGACAGUUCUUAGAUCAUUUUGGAAGAUUGUUAGCUCGCUUUUUUCUAAGCCGCAUAAAACCCAAAGAAAAACUCGAACAUCAUGAAACUGCAGCUGUAACUUUCUAUCCAACUGAAGUUAUGAGACCCGUCACAGGGCACUGGAAAACUGCCGAUGAGCAGCCGUAAUAUAUCAUAUAUGUAAUCAUUAUUUUUGUUUAAGUGUCACUGUAUUUUUUAAUACUUAUUUGUAUAUAAAAUACUGUUGAUGCACUUAUCGAUGUGGCUCAGUUCGGUUCGUCCCGUCAUAUUUGAUAUCCUCCUGUCAAAUAUGAAUGGAAUAUAAAACAAGAAUUCAUGGACAAA